CGCUCAGUCUCGUUUUGGCAGCCAAGCCGCUCACGACGUCGCUGGCGGAGAAUCCAGUAUAAUUCAAAGUAGACUGUGAAAAUUCAAAAGGAAAAGCUAGGGAAAAACUACAGCAAACUACACUACAGUGUAUAUAGGAAGUGUGCCAAUUCGAAUGUGCUUAUCCGACAAAUACUCGAGUUUAUUUUUUUUGUGAAGUGUCUGAGAAAGAAACGCCUCUAGCCAGAAGAAAGAAAGAAAGCUCAGAAAGAGAAAGAGUAUCAUUUGUAAACAGAGUGCUUGGACUGGCUAUGAAAGACUCGAUGAGCAUUCUAACCCAAACGCCCAGCGAAGCGCCCGCGGCCCACAGCCAGCUGCACCACCAUCACCAUCAUCUCAGUCACCAUCAUCCGGCGCUGCAUCAUCACCCGGCGUUGCAGCAUCACUACAGCCUGCAGCAACUACCGCAUCAGCAUCAGCAGCAGCACCCGCACCAGCAGCCACCUCCACCACCGGCGGCAGCACCAACCACGGUCGUCAACAUGUCCGGCAGCACCACCACGGCGGCCAAUCUGAAGCCCAACCGCUCCCGCUUCAUGAUCAACGACAUCCUGGCGGGCAGUGCGGCGGCCGCCUUCUACAAACAGCAGCAGCACCACCAUCACAACAACAACAAUCACUCUGGGGGCUCCAGUGGUGGCAGCAGCCCCACGCACCACAACAACAACAACGGCGAGAGCUUUGAGCCGCCGAGCGGCGGGGCCGGGGCAGCCGCUCCACCGCCACUGCACCACCUGCACCCGCAGUCGCAUCCGCAUCCGCAUUCGCAUCCACAUCCGCACGCCCUGGUGCAUCCGCACGCCAAGCUGGCCGCGGGCGGUGGCGCCGCCAACGGUCUGAAUGUGGCACAGUACGCGGCGGCCAUGCAACAGCACUAUGCCGCCGCCGCCGCUGCAGCAGCAGCCCGAAACAGUGCAGCAGCCGCCGCGGCAGCCGCAGCCGCUGCAGCAGCUGCCGCCGCCGGAGGAGGUGGAGGCCCUGGUGUGGGCGGGGCGGGCGGACCGCCGGCAGGCGCCGAUCUGGACGACAGCAGUGACUAUCACGAGGAGAACGAGGACUGCGACAGUGACGAGGGCGGCAGCGCGGGAGGCGGCGGGGGAGGCAGCGGCCACAUGGACGAUCACAGCGUUUGUAGCAAUGGCGGCAAGGACGAUGAUGGUAAUAGCAUCAAGAGCGGCUCCACUAGCGAUAUGAGCGGGCUGAGCAAAAAGCAACGCAAGGCCAGAACCGCCUUCACGGACCACCAGCUGCAGACCCUGGAGAAGUCGUUCGAGCGGCAGAAGUACCUCAGUGUCCAGGAGCGCCAGGAGCUGGCCCACAAGCUGGACCUGAGCGACUGCCAGGUGAAGACCUGGUACCAGAAUCGGAGAACCAAAUGGAAACGUCAGACUGCCGUGGGAUUGGAACUCCUAGCCGAGGCCGGUAACUUUGCCGCCUUCCAGCGGCUCUACGGUGGGAGCCCUUACCUGGGAGCCUGGCCGUAUGCGGCUGCUGCCGGUGCCGGAGCCGCUGCUGCCGCCGCCCAUGGGGCCACGCCCCACACCAGCAUCGAUAUCUACUACCGCCAAGCGGCCGCCGCCGCCGCCAUGCAGAAACCCCUGCCCUACAACCUCUACGCCGGCGUGCCCAAUGUGGGCGUGGGCGUAGGCGUCGGCCCGGCCCCCUUCUCGCAUCUAUCCGCCUCCAGUUCGCUGUCCUCGCUGAGCAGCUACUACCAGAGCGCCGCUGCCGCCGCGGCUGCCGCGAAUCCGGGAGGACCGCCACCUCCACCACCGCCCUCGGCGGCGACCGCGGCCCCCGGUGGAUCCCCGCCCAUCGGUGGUCUGAUCAAGCCGCUGGCCGGCAGCCCAUCCGGCGGCCUGCCCAGCCACUCGCACCACUCCCGUCCCGCCUCUGCCUCGCCGCCGCUGCCACUGGCACGCCCUCCCUCGACGCCCAGUCCGACCCUCAAUCCGGGCAGCCCGCCGGGUCGUUCCGUGGAUAGUUGUUCGCAGGCCCAGUCGGACGAUGAGGAUCAGAUCCAGGUGUGAGCCGGAUCGAGGUGGAUAUAGAGCGUGUGUGUGUGUGGAGUGUCCUGUAUGUGUGUGUAAUAGCCCCGAUUUAAGGCACAAUAUCUUGUUUUGGAAACAGCAUUUAUUUUGAGGAAAGCAACCAUUUAUUUUCGAUCUCAAAAGUAAGCACAAAAAUAUUUCAAGAAGAGUCCUUUUUAGCGAAAAUAAAUUCAGGAUGCAGGAUGUGUGUGUUAGCGAGUGUGUGUGUGUAUAUAAGUGUGUGUGUCUGCUUGCUUAACUUAUUUUUUGAUUUGCUAUUAGUAACUUAUUCAAAGUGCUUCUGGAAGACACCCAAUUUUUUUUUGUCAACGUAGUAAUAUUGUAAUAUCGCAUAAAAGUGAAAAGAAUAUAAAGAUAUAUUUAUUUAGAUGUUGUAUGUGACACUAUCAGCCAAAAAAAAAAAACGAAACAAAAACAAACUCUGUAUAGUUAAGCUUAACCACAAAAUGUAUUAUCUUUGUCGUCGACUAGAAACUUAAAAAACCCAAAUCCAAUUUUUUUUUCCAUAGAUCCUAGCCUAUAUAGACGUUGUAAUUGUAUAAUGUAAAGUAUCCUUUUUUUGUCUACGUUAGUAACCACACAUAAUUUUUUUGUCUAAAUAAAAAUAAAAAAAGAAAAAUA